CGCAUAAUCACUUCGCAGGUCGUGCGCUCUGCCGUGCAUCUAGCUAACAUGGCAGCGCCGCCUCCGCCGACCCCAAAACACCUCAUUCGCAGCCACGGCACGCAAGUCAACGUCGUCUGCUUCUCGGACGACAACGAGCGGAUAUACUCGGGCGAUGCAGCGGGCACCGUGGUGGUGACCUCCACGCGGAGCCUGCGGGCGAUCGCGACGUGGAAGGCGCACACGGACGGCUUGCUCGGAGUCCAGGAAUGGGAGGCCCAGAUCAUCACACAUGGGCGAGAUAACAAGCUGCACGUCUGGAAGGCGGUCGGCGAGCCAUCGCGCAUCCCCGGGGGUUCGGCGGCCUUGCCUGGACUGCAGGCCCCGGAGCUGUGUUACUCCAUGGACGUGAACGCGCUCAACUACUGCCGCUUUUCCUUGCUCUCGCUCCGGAGGGACGGGCGGGCGGCGGACCGGCACGCGCUCAUCGCCGUCCCCAACCUGGUCGAGUCUGCCCACGCGGACGUGUGGACGCUCCCGGGAAAGCAGCGGCUGCAUGCCGCGAUAGGGAAGGCAGGGCGGGAACAAGAACAAGAACAAGCCGCCUCGGACGGGCGGGGCGUCCGUAAUCCCAUCGGCAUCAUCAUGUCUAUGCACCUCUUCAUGGUGCCCCACCCCCACUCGGCGGGCCGUUCCCGGCUGCGGCUCCUAUGCGGGUACGAGAACGGGAGCGUCACGAUGCGGGAAUACGCUGGGGAUAAGGAAAUAUCUAUCGAAGGCCGAGGAUGGGACGUCCUAUGGUCCGUAAGGCUUCAUGUGGAAUCCGUAAUGGCUAUGACGGUGUCCAGAGAUGGUACCUUCGCGUUGUCGGUCUCGGCUGACCAUCUCGUCGGGCGGUACGACCUCGUCGAGGCCGAACGAGCUGAAUCACUGAACACCGCAUGCGUGGCUCACAGGACAAAGCACCCCGGGAAUGGGGCUGUCGGUAUCCGUGAUGACGGCCGUGUGUGCGCAGUUGGCGGUUGGGAUGGACGGGUGCGGUUAUACUCGACGAAGACAUUCAAGUCGCUCGGCUCGCUCGUGUAUCAUAAGAAGAAUUGCCAGUCUGUCGCGUUCGCCCGUUCUCACCCGGCGGAUCUAUUGAAUACCGCUACAGUAAGUGCGGAGGGUUACGAGGAUGACGACGAGAUGAGUGAGGCGGAGAAGCAGGAGAGGACGCGUUGGCUCGUCUCUGGGGGACAGGAUAGUCGUGUCGUUGUUUGGUCAUUGAUAGACUUUGGCAGAACAUGA